AAAUAUAAUCUCCAUUUCCAAUUUUCAAUUAAACCUCCUCGUUUUCUGCCAAAACUUUAUCUUCAGCACAACUCUCCCACUCCCUCUGCCAAAAUCUUCACCUUUUAAAGCCUUCAACUUUCCAAAGGAAGCCAUGGAAAGGCUUCUUUACUCCUCUUCUCCAACUCCUUUGGAGAUCUCUCGAAAGCCCUCUCCUUCUCUCUCUCGACUCGCCAGAUUCGACUCUCCUACUCUCGGCUUCGUUCCUUCGCUCACUCGCCCCCAACUCAGGCGAUUCAUUUCUAUUUCAUGCAAGGCCGAUAAUAACCCAUCUCACUUCUCUUAUCCUCUAUCCAAUCCCAGCAAUGAAUUGCCUUCAAUCGGUUCUCCGCGAGUCGACUCGGCAAAUGGGUCAACACCCACGUCCAAUUUUCUCGAGCUUGUUGCAAUUAAAGCUUCUGCACAAAGAAAGGCAAUCACAGCAGGGACAUAUAUAGCACUCUCUGCCAUUAUCAUGUUCUUAAUCCAACCAAUUUUUGCACCAGCAGCUUUUGCAACCUUUCAAGCUGGUGCUAAAGCCAGUGGAACUGCAGCUGCUGCAGUCGGGGGUGGAGUACUCCGUACUGAAUUACUAAGUAGUGCAUGGACUGGUUUCUUUGCUGGUUGCUUACAUACCCUAUCAGGGCCUGACCACCUAGCUGCUUUGGCUCCACUAUCAAUUGGCCGCACUCGAAUGGAAAGUGCUGUUGUUGGAGCUCUAUGGGGUUGUGGUCAUGAUGCUGGUCAGGUUAUCUUUGGAUUACUAUUUUUACUUCUAAAGGAUCGCCUUCACAUUGAAAUCAUCCGGACUUGGGGUACAAGAGUGGUGGGCUUAACGUUGCUUGUUAUUGGGGCAAUGGGUAUAAGAGAAGCUUCAGAGGUUCCUACCCCAUGUGUUGCCUUAGAAAAUGGUGAGUGUGAUGUUAGUGUUUACGAGACACUUGAAAACCCAGCAGUCGGAAAAAAGAAGAUUGGUUUUGCUACUUUUGCCACUGGGAUCGUUCACGGGUUGCAGCCAGAUGCGCUAAUGAUGGUUUUGCCAGCACUUGCUUUACCAUCUCGUGUGGCCGGUGCUGCAUUCCUUAUCAUGUUCUUGCUCGGAACUGUGGUGGCAAUGGGAAGCUAUACGGUGUUUAUAGGCUCAUGCAGUCAAGCAUUAAAAGAUAGGAUUCCCAGAAUUACUGAGAAACUUACAUGGGCAUCUUCUCUUGUAGCAAUUGCUCUUGGAGUAGCCAUUAUCGUAAGCCAAUUUUUCGGAUUUAGUCUCUAUUGAUCUACCUGACCUGGCUUUCAAGAUAUUCAGUCCAGCUUCUAUAGCAUUUAGUGAGGAUGUUAGAAAGAAAAUUCAAAUUUGUUUUCAGCAACAUCUGAGCAGCAUCUUUAUUCCCUGUUACCUUAUCUUGUUUGUUUGUAAAACCGUCCGUAAAAAAAAUAUCCUCCUUUUAUGGUUAGAAUUUAAUGUUUGUUAAACCAUAA